UGGGUAGACGUGCCGGGAGGGCAGUCGUCGCCGUGCCAGCCGCCGGCAGCCCAGCCAAGGCCACGGGAUCACGGCGCCGCCACGCCGCCGGCUGGAACCACCGGACGUUACCCCGGGAUCGUGCCGAACCCCGGCCCCACAUCUGUGGCCCACCGGCCGCGGCGUGGGCGUCCCGGGAACCCGCUGACGUCUGCCGGCGGCCGCGGCCUCGCCCGAGCACCUAUCUACACCGCUACCGUAUCGAUUUUAUGGCGCCGGUAUUCUCUGACGGCGCUGCACAGGUUUACCGAGCGCCAGUGACGACUGGCAGACGGCAGUAGCGAGCCGCGGACGGCCGCGCCGAGCGGUCACAGCGGCCCGCGUCUGCUGACCGGGGCCACGCGCCGGCCGUCGCCAUGACAACCAACAGCGUGCCGCCGGUCUGGGCGCGGUGGUUCGGGGACGCUGACAACUGCUGCAUCCUGGGCCUGCUGUUCUGCGUGUUCAGCGCCCUGCUGGCCGCCGGCGGCACGCUCACCUACUUCGGCUUCUUCUCGGAGCAGUCGGUGACGUCGGCCGAGCCGCACCACCUGUCGGCGGCGCUGGCGGCGCUGGGCCCGCUGCUGCUGGCCGCCGCCCUGCUGCUGCUGGUCGCCGCCGGCCGGCUGUACCGCGCCGGCGGCUGCAGCGGCCAGCCCGAGUGGCUGCAGCGCCACCGACCCUACUCCACCAUGGAGAGCGGCAGCCGCGACGGCAGCGUCAACCCCGGCUUCGAGAGCGCCGAGGGGUAGACGGACAUCGAAUUGUUAUGGAAGUGUACUCUUGAUUCGUCUCGAUUGGAGUGUUAAGGUUACGCGCAUCCUUUAUAUCUAUUAUGUUAUGUCUGUUUCACUGUAUGCGAUGAAAUACUAAGUGCCUCCUUAUAUUGUGCUAGAGGGACUCAUGACAGACAAACCCAAGUCAGUCGGGCUGGCGGUACCAGACUGUGCUGAAAACAUGCCGCUCGAGAGGAAA